GUACCAGACUAUUUGUAUAAAACAAUGGCCAAUUUGGAAGCAGCUGAGCCAAAACUGUGGGAAACAUGAAUGGCAAACUUUGGUGCAAACUUUCCCCAGGCUAAUCUAAUACAGUGUAAUCCUAUCAAGAUUGCGGGCUAAACCGUAUACAGCUAUUUUGUCCAUUUAAAAGCACCCUGCUUAUCUUGUUAAAAUCAUAAUAAACCUUACAGUCAAGAGUGGAGGACAUAAUUCUAUGAAUACUGCUGAGGAACAAACAACUUUGCUAAGACAUUGAAAUAAGAAUAUAGGACUCCGGAAUAUAUAAAGCGACAAGAGACAUUUUCUAAUUUAUUCUAACAUCAUAUUUUGGGUCGAAGUACACAUUACCAUGGGAACCAUCAUGAAAAGGGAGCUAGAGAGUCUCCUACAGGAGACAAUCAUCAACUUCUACAAGAAGCGUAUAAAAACUUCAGAAUCAUUGGAUGUGGAUGGCAUUGUCUGUAUCUCACCACACAACGUUGAAAAUGCCAGAGAACUGGUCCUGAAGAUACACAAGACAUUCAUUAUUAAUGAAGGGAAUAUUCAUAGUUUACAAAGACCACCUGUUCCACCACAGCCGAGCCCGCAGUUCAUCCCAAAACCAAAACUGAUGAAAAGUCGACGAUUCUCAAAAGGAACAGUGAUGGGUGUAAAAUCUGGCCCACAAGAAGAAAUCAGGGUUCCAGUUCCAAUAGGUUACCUGGCAUCAGAAUGGAAAAGCCCUCCGAUGGUUGUUCCCGAGAGGAAAUAUGAAAGUCCAGAAAAACCAGAACUCCAAGGGCAAAUAAUAUCACCUGAAUCUCAUAAUUCUGGUGACCUUCCAGUGGUUACUCCUUUACAUAUCGCGACAGAACCAACAAUGCCUAAGAUUGUAUCAGUGAGAGGCUCAACAGACUUGUAUGAAGAACAAGUCAAUGUAGACCAGGGUGAUGAUAACAUUGGACUUGAUCUCACCGUCAAGAAAAACAAGUCAGAAAAAACUGAAAUUGAUUCUGAAAAUAACAACAUCAUACAUAAGACUCAAGAUGAGAACAUGGUGAAGAGAUUCAAAGCUGAACCUGCAGAGCAAGAAGAUGAUAAUAGAGAUUGUUAUGGUAGCACUGGUGAUGAAACUCUAAGUCAUUCAGAUGGGCAAAGUAGCAGUCCUGAUGUGAAUCCCUCCCUACAACCAGUUUUCCCUGGAAGAAUAGAGAGCCCCAUUUACCCUCAGACAGACAGCCCCGUGUUCCCACAAAGAAAUAGUCCCGUGUUUCCCCAGAGAGAGAGCCCAGUAUUCCUUCAACAUGACAGUCCAAUGAACUUCUCUACAAAAGGAAAUACUGAUCAUGUCGCGGCAUUCCGUAGAGAGAUCACAGGUAGAUUUGCUUUAGAGAGGGGUAAAGCUGAUGCAAUUGCUUCGGAAAUAAUGCGCAAUGCAUAUGCUGCCCAGGCAUUGUCCAAUAAAAAACCCCAACAACGUCACCCCAUUCAAGAUAUUGCUUAUGGACCACCAUACGGGAAACGCCGUCGAGUCUGCAAUCACUGUAACCGUACAUUCUCAACGAAAUCAAAUCUAAACAGGCAUUACCUUGAACAGCACAAACAAACUGAAGAAAAAUGGGCUCAUUGUAAAAUCUGUGGAGUCAGGAAUUACAUGCGUCAUAUGAAGCGCCAUUACAAGGACAAACAUCCAGAUGCACUCUUCAUGACUUCACAAUGGAACGAUUCUACAGCUAAUGAAGCAAAUGAUAGCAUGGACAAUAGUACUGACAAUGCAAAUGGUUACAGUGAAAAUACAACUCCUGUGCCAUCGCCACCUCUUAUUAAACGUGAGCAAAUUGAAGGACAAGUAGCAGAUAUGUAGAAACCAGCUUUAAAUUAAGAUGGGACAUUCAGAGUCAUCAAAUCAUUGGAUAAGACAAGAUUCAUUUAAUAUAAUAGCUAUAAAUAAGAAAUGACAAAUGUGUAUUUUAUUCUUAAAACUUCUUAUCUGGCAUUCAUCAGAAUAUAAAUGUAAAUGUAUACAUGUUGCUAUAGUAGCAUGAACAUGUAACCAGAAUCCAUAAUAAUUAAAAAUUGCUAAGAUGAGGUAGGCAGGUGAACUCUCCUUUGACAUUCUGCCACAUACAGUGUACAUGUACUGCUCCAUGGAAAAUAUGCAUCAGAUCACUAUAAAUAAGAGAAGUCAUAUAAUUACUACAUUUUGACAAUCAUCAUUUUCUUAUGGGAACAAAUGAAGCCCCGAUGAUUAAUAUGUGUAAUGACGGCAAUCAUAUCCAGCUUGGCGAUCAUUCCUUGUUAGUUAAAUCAUAACAAAUCAUCUUGAUUGUAUUAGCCUAAUAACAUGUUGAAUACUGAGAUAAAACCCAACCUUAUAAGAACAUUAAAUAAUUGCCUCUCUGUGACACGACACUAAUCAACAUAUUUUUGAUGUAUCUUUAAUAGCCUUUAAUUACUCGAGAUCUAGCCGAUUCCCAGGUUUAAAGCCAAUUAUCUAUAGAGCUUAUUUUUUGACUGAUUAUACUGACUUAAUUUGAGUGAUUGCAAUGCUGACAAUGGGAAAAACUUGCCAAUAAGGGCUCUUAGUAAAUAUUAGUUAUUUAAAACAGUAGGAGCUCUCAUCAAAGAACGUAAUCUAUAAUCAAAGACUGAUGCUAAUAUUUAUGGGACUCAUGUGGUUUUGUCAAAAUAUUGGUUUAAAAAUUAAUAAAAAAUGAUUGUAAAUGAUGUACAAUAAAUGUAUAACAUGUAAAAUAA